AAUUUGUAACCACUUGCAAAUUGAAACAACAAAUAUCGUUAUCUGACUAUCUCACACUUACGACCCAAAUUGCACAAAAAAAGGCAGUGAAGAACAAUGGUGACUGUGUCCAGCUCUCCUCCAAUGCAAAAGCUACAAUCGACACCACGAGUUUUGUGCAAGAAGAGAGAGAAAGAGAACAAUUCUCCUUACAAAGUUAUUGUUAUCACUCCUCCGCCAAAAAGCCUCGGCGUUCGCUGUUUUCCCCCUAAUCUGCAGUGUGGUGAGAGUGUGACGAUAGAAGGGCAGACAUAUACCAUAUCAGCUGUAACUCAUCGUUAUCAGCUCAGGAAAGGGAAAUACGAACCUAGUGAGAAACGGCUUGAUGUGUUAUCAACUGGAAGAUACUUAGUGAAUUUGUAUUUCGAAACUUUGCUUCAACAAUCUUGAUUACUUUUCUCACCACUCAUCUUGUUCAUUAUUUUUAUUUUUCACUUGUGCUUUUAUGCAAUGGAAUGUACAAACAGGACACGGCGCAAUAAAUAUUCCUAUGAACACAAGCUGUUAGAGAACUUGCUUGUUGUGUAGUUUGUUUCCCGUGUUUGAUUGAAUCCGGCAAGGUGAAUUCACUCUUUUUUGUAUCCACAUGUACUGUUAAUUCGAUGCAGGAACAAUUCCCGGAAGACAAUACAACCAAUGAAAGUUAGGUAAUCUCCGAUUGAACAUACAUAGUAUUAUAUUUGUCUGAUAGAAAAUCUCCUAUUGAGCAACACUGAGAUCAAAAUUCGUAGUAGGAGAUAAGUUUUCUCAGCUAAAGAAUAUGAUCUCACAGACUGUUAUUUCUUAAUAUAUGGCUCAAGUGGAUGGAGCAGUGGGAAGUGUUGACACAUUGAAUUUGGAGGUUACAGCAGUUGCUGCUGAAGAUUCGAGGAUAUGUGCAAAUUUCAUGUCUUCAAGUGUCUGUUGUUGUUUAUGUCACUUCUGUCUUCUUCUGGUGAUCGAUCAUAUUGUUGAUAUAGAGCCGCCCAUUCCCUCUGUGUCUCGUUGGUAUGUAGUGGCUGGCAGUCUAUAGAUACUUCUUGUUAAGGUCUUCAUAUAUAACAAACCAGUUUGGUGGUUAUUUGGAUUAUCUGUAUCUGGUGGACCAGAUAGAUUGGGCAAGGAUGUCGAGAAUGUUGCAGCAUUCGGUGAGCAGGAUGAUCUUGUGAAAGAUACGAUUUUGUUCAAUCAAAUACGACGGUAACUGUGUUGAAAGGGAGGGGAUGAUCUCUGUUGAUGCUGACAAAUGCAAAGGCUCAAACCCUAAGAGUAGAAGAAAAGGUUUCAGCUUCUCCAUUCUCUCUACAUCUGAAAUCUGAAUUGUCUCCAAGAUUCCAACUGACCAGUUCUCCCCACUGUAUUCCAAUGUUUAGGAUUCUGGAAUACUAACUAUAUUUGGUGCUUAAUCGUUUGGUAAGAUAAAUGUUUAUUUCAUGCUCAUUGUUGAUUACUAUGUACUUAUUUCAAAUUUACAAACUAGAAAAAUACACGGCUUCAAUUUACUUGGAAGUUGGAAAUAUUGUAGGCUUGGAGUGGAUUUAUUAGAUAUCAUGAAACUUUAUUUUGGAUGACAUUAGAUGUUAGUGGAUUGAAUAUUUGUGUUUAUUCGCUUGAUGGAUGAUAAUCAUGUUAUGGUUUAA